AUGGAAGCACUGCUUAGUCAUCGAUGUGCUGGUCUUUUUGGAUAUUCGCAUUUAACAGCAUGUAUUGCUUGGCAUGCUAUGGAAUUAGGAGAAGUUAAACAAGAACAAACUAUAGACAUUUGGGGUUGUGGCUCUGGAGGAUUUAUCUUUAUUAUGUGGGCUAAACUUCAAGAUGUUAAAAGAAUUAUUGCUAUUGAUUAUAUACCAAAACGAUUAAGGAAAGCACGUGAAUUAGAUGGUCCAGAUGUAUUUAUUUAUGCUACAGGUUUUCGAUAUACAAAAGAAACAUUACAUAAAGUUGAAGGUUUAUUAAGAUUAGAAACAGAUGCAACAUCUGCUAUUAUCGAAGCUAUUUAUUUAGUUAAGAAAUUUGGUCACAUUAGCCUUAUUGGUGAUUAUUAUGGCCUUACUAAUCAUUUUCCGAUUGGUGCAUUAUUUGAUAAAGGUAUUACAUUUCGUGCAGGUGUUGUUUGUGUUCAAAAAUAUUGGAAAUUAUUAUUACAAUAUAUUUUAGAUGGAAAAGUUGAUUUAACUAAAAUUAUAACGCAUACAAUUUUAAUUAUUAAAUAA